AUGCCAGACUCCACAGCUCCUCCAGCUGAACAGCGCUACCAGAAUAAGCUCACUAAAUGCUUUGACGAUAUCAUGAGAACUGCUGCAGAAAUGCUGGUACAACAGCAGAUCAAGAGUAUUCAGCUGAGCUCUGAUAUUGCUGCGGGAUUCACACAGUCACAGCAUAAACUGCUAGGAGAAAAGGUGCACACAUUUCACUCGGUUUUGGACGAUUUAGAUCUGACCCUUACGACAGCCAAAAACUGUGUGGAUAAGUUUGCAGCGGAAUCCGCAGCGCGCAAAGAAAAACUACUCGAAGAACAGAGGGAGCAGCAGAUGCUACAAGCCAAGCUAAAACAGGAGCAGGAGGACCAAAAGAGACUUGAAGAGGCGCAAAAAGCAUCGAACUCCACGCCUUUCAGCCAUAAUGAGUAUCCAGAAUCUACGCCGACAACGUUUCUCAACGAGCUUUCAAAGUCCAGUCUCAGCGGCCCGAAUCGUAAUGCGAAGGAGGUCACUACCAUCAGUGCAGGCCAAAAUGAUGCUAGCGACAGCAAAAUUCCUACUGGUGGUAGCAGUCGUAACACAACCGGAGGCAAUGAUGGCUAUUCCACGGGCCUGAACGAUUUAAAUGAUCUAGAUCUUUCCAUGUUUGGUGGUAUUGAGCAAAACGAUUUGGGACUGACGGGCUUUGACGAAGUUCCAAUGACUACUAAUAAUGACAAAACUUUGAACAACGAAAGUAAUUUGAGCGGUUCUGUGCCCCCUGGGGGUGACGAUGGUUCUAAUCGGAUGCUCGGGAAUGACCCGAACUCAAACAACACAGACAGCUAUUUGACGCUGAACGAUUUCAAUGACCUCGGGCUCGACUGGAAUAAUUCAGAUGGUCAGAGUGGACUGGAUAUGAGCGAGUUCAACAUAUGA